AGGAUUCAGCAGUUAAGCUAGGUGUGUGUGUGUGUGUGUGUGUGUGUGUGUGUGUGUGUGUUGGGGGUGGGGGUAGAGGGUGGUAGAGGGUGGGGCAUUGGGCACCACACCUGAGCCAGUAGGUGAACUUCGUAGGGAUUUAAGUUCAGUUUUCACUGAACCUAUGCCUCACCUGGCGUGCUGAGAGCUGGCUGCCUUGUACUCAAGGCAGUGGGAGGUCUUCGCCGACACUUCCCUGUCCAUCUCUGCUAGAGGCUCUGAGGCAGGAUGCUGUCCAUCCUGAGAGGCACACAGAGGUCCUUCCGGGUGGUACUCUUGUUCCUGGUGCUGGCUGUGUUCCUGUUGGUUGUUUUCCUGCAUGUGGACUUCAGACGACUUACACCGGACAAGGUCCAGGAACCACCAGUCACCAACAUCAUGUUCCUCAAGACGCACAAGACAGCCAGCAGUACAAUACUCAACAUCCUCUACCGCUUUUCAGAGUCUCACAACCUAUCCACAGCGCUGCCCGAGGGCUCUAGAGUCCAUCUGGGUUACCCCUGGCUUUUUGUGACACGGUAUGUGGAGGGCCUGAAGCAGGACAGCCGCCUGCAACAUCACUUCAACAUUAUGUGCAACCACCUUCGGUUCAACUUUCCUGAGGUGCAGAAAGUCAUGCCCAGUGACACUUUCUACUUCUCCAUCCUCCGGAACCCGGUUUUCCAGCUGGAGUCUUCCUUCAUCUAUUAUAAGAGCUAUGCACCUGCCUUCCAGAGGGCCAAGAGCCUGGACGAAUUCCUGGCAGAUCCGUGGAGGUACUACAACGCCAGUGUGAGCCUGAAUAAUGUCUAUGCGAAAAACAACAUGUGGUUUGAUUUUGGCUUUGACAACAACGCCCCAGCUGACGUGGCCUACGUCCGCAAGUGCCUUGCGGAGGUGGAGCAGCGAUUCCAUCUGGUGCUCAUCGCAGACUACUUUGAUGAGUCGAUGGUGCUGCUGCGCAGACGGCUGCACUGGCAGCUGGAUGAUGUCGUGUCCUUCAAGCUGAACGUGCGCAGCCAGAGUACCGUCUCGCACCUGACGCCCGAGAGCCAGGAGCGAGUCCAGCACUGGUGUGCGCUGGACUGGCAGCUCUACCAGCAUUUCAACCGCACGUUUUGGGCCCAGCUGCAUGCGGAGCUAAGCCCCCGCCAGCUCACAGAAGAGCUGGAGCAGCUGCGGGCGAGGCAGCAUGAACUCACCACCUUGUGUCUUCAGGAUCCCAAGAACGUGACGCACGUAGAUGACCGGAAUCUGCGCCCUUACCAGAGCGGAAAGGCUAAAAUUCUGGGCUACAACCUUAGGCAUGGUCUGGACAACAUCACAUUUCGUAUCUGUCAGAGGAUGGCCAUGCCGGAGCUCCAGCACAUGGCCUAUCUGUACUCGCUGCAGUUUCCCAGCAAGACACCCAAGGACAUCUCAUUCCUGAAAAAGUAGAGGUUCGGCUAAGUGACCCUUUCUCCCCCAGUCUACCUUUCCAAAGUGAAGAAUGGUGAAACUGUGAAGAAACCUACCCACCUCCAGUUCUGGGGGAGGGGCUUACACCUAAGACAACAAGGCACAGCGGUUCCAUAGCUGAAUCCACCCAUUGUCGAGAACUGCCCCGGACAGGCAAGAAUGCUAGUGCCCUUACAUGAUCUGUUCACAGAGGCAGUCUAAGCAGCCCAUCAGGUGAACAUCAGCCUAGGGGAACACCAGAGCCUAGGUAGUGGGCCUGUGGAUCCAGGAAGAGACCUAGAUCGGUUCCCUGGGAUUUUCUAGCUAUAUGGAUUCAGCACUGGUAGGGCACAGAGGCAGUAGCUCAGGUUGGGCUUUGGAGAGAUGGGAUGAAUAGGCAGCCUUCCAUUUUAUGAAGAACACUGCAGACUGAGAGCUGUGAACGUGGCUGGUUAGCCGGAGCACAGGCGCAGUCCACGUUUUUAGCUUCCUGUUGAACAAUCCUGAAAGAGAAAGUGCCUGCUUUGCCAAAGGUGCUCAAAGGGGCUCAGGUACCUUUGGUUGUCUUGGAACCCGUGUUGUAUAUAAUCUCAGGGAUCAUCUUUUGGGUGCGUCUCUUAGUUAUUCAUGGAGAGAUACCAAGAGCCUAGCACCCAGCUCUCAGGGUGAGGUAGCUGGUUACCUGGGGUACAUGAAGCAGGAUGCCUGAGGUGUCGGGAGAGAAGCCGCUGUCUCAUUCUCAGCCUAGAGUUUCUGCCUGAGCCUUGCUUGCUGAGUUUUGGUGGAGGUGUUUCUUCUGUGUCAGCGGCCCCAGCUCUGGGCAGGACAGCCUAUGCGUCUUUGGACAUCAAUUUAAUAGGGCACUUUAAGAAAAGUAAUUGUCAAAAAAAAAAAAAAAGAAGUAAUUGUUGGUGAGUUUAGAGGAGGUACAAUGAGUUUGUCAAUCCAAAAGAACAUUGUAAAUUGAAAAUUGACUCUUCCAAACUGAACCGAGAUAGCCGAGAAUGCCAGGUAUGCUGGCUCAGACCUUUAAUCCUAGCACUGGGGAGGCAGAGGCAACCAGAUCUCUGAGUUCAAAGCCUGCCUGGACGACAUAGUGAGUUCUAGGACAACCAGGCUACAAAGCAAGACCCUGUCUCAAAACAAAACAAAACAAAACAGAAACCCACAAGC